AUGCGCCCAUAUUUAGUGGACCUGUGGACUGUUGUGAAUGUCGCCUUGGUUAUAGCCAUGUCGUACAAGUUAUUCUCUUUCGCUUUAGCUGAACAAGACUUGGGGGAUGUACAGCUUCAGAGCAGAUGCAUAGAGCACAAAGAAAUGCUGCGGAUUGUAGGCAACAGGAGACUGGAGCAACGUUUUUGGUCUGGAAAAGACUUGGACAGAGCCAACUGGUACUUUCUGGAGCUCCUGACGUAUGCAGCCAUGGUGUUCAGUCUUGCAAGUUUUUAUAGUGAUUCUAUCGACGACUACAUUGCGUGGGCGUCGCCAGCGACUUUCCUGCUUCUGUGGUGGAAGAUGAUGUACUAUGGUCAAGCUUUUCAGAACACUGGGCCCCUGGUCAUCAUAAUUUUCCAGGUACUCAGCGACAUCAGCUUCUUCCUAAUGCUCCUUCUCGCCAAUUUUUCUGGAUUCACGUUCGCCUUCCACAUCUUAUUCGCUGGAGACAGGCGCGAGAUUUGCAAUUCAGCAGAAAUUGGCACGGAGGAAGGCACCAACUUUUGCGAUGCAUUUGGUGGAUGGGACCGCACGUUGGCCACUGUGUUCGUGAUGAUGUUGGGGCAGUUCGACCUCGAGCCGUUUUUCACAUCCUCGCACUCGGCGGUUGCCGUGUCGUUUCUGGUCAUUUACCUGCUGUUGUCGGCCGUUCUGAUGCUGAAUUUGCUCAUCGCCAUUAUCGGAGAUAGUUUCGACAGGGUGAAAAGGCACGAAACAGCGCAUUUUCUGAUGGGAAGAGCACGAGUGAUCCACGACAUGGAAUCUUCGCUGUGGUCCUAUCAGCGGCGAGCACUGAGGAAGAAGAUAGGGCGAUAUCUGUACGUACUCGUCCCAGAAAGCCAGUACGCAACGAAGUCGAAACACAUGUGGCAAGGGAAGAUAGCGGAAAUGGAGAAGGUGUUAAGGGAGCAGACCCACCAAAUUGAUAGCAAACUUCAGGAGAUGGACGAGAAGCUGCAAGAUGUGGAUUCGAAGGUGGAAUGCAUCAAGCGAUCGGUGACGGCGCUCGUGGACUCGCAGACAACAGCAGUGAAUCAGUGA